UAACACAUUUAAUUUAAUUGCACUGAUUCAUGACCUCCCUCUCAUGGGUACACUGGAUUCGGUAACUGUAUGAUGCUUAACAUGGGACUGUUGAAGCUACAAUGCUGAUUCCUCAGCAUUUAGCAUGUCUGCAAUGCAUUCUAGGAAAUGGAUACUGUUUGGUGGAAUGAACCCUCUUAUGAGAAUGUUCUUCGCUUUGCCGUAUGCUUUCUUAUUGGAACGAGCUCAUGCCUUCUUGGUGGUUUUUUAAACUUUGAGUCAUACGUUCUUUUACGUUUUGCAGGCUAUGGUAACCUUGAGGCACAGGGUCUGUGGUUCUUUGUAAAGCGUGUAUACUAUGUCGUGUCUAUGAUAGCAUUGUCAUUGUUUAACGUAAGGCGUCUAAAACAAUGUUCAAUAUUUCGUUUUUCUGCAUCAUUAUCUGGUGCUUUGUUGCUGCAAACCGUUUACCUGUGCUUCUGUCAUGACCCAUUUGGUCACCGAUGGGUUCUUGCCUUCCUCUUCUUCUUUGUCAGCUUCUACUCUUCCUGUUUGUUUGCAAGUUUUGUAAUCCUAUGUUUCAACAUGGAUGAGAAGAGUAAAAUAACACUGAUGAUGCGCCAUAUGUUAUAUUUUUUGAUUGGCACUUGUUUGUCAUCGUACCUUCCUCGUCUUCUUUUAUCACGUCGUAUCGUAUCUCGAACGCUUGCUGCAGCACGUUUAGAAGGAAUAUACACAAUAACACGACACUAUUCUGCUGUUUGUACGGUUAUUGCAUUUCUUACUGCUUCAGUAAUAUCAAUAUUUUACCAGACUGAAUCCGGUCAGCAUUACAAUGCACUUUUGGAAAUGUCUAAUGAAGUUGGUUUCCGUUAUUUCUGGGACGUCUCGGUUAUAGGAAACACUUUUUUGUGUUCUAUAGGUUGGGCUUUGUCGCAUGUUUGUGGUUUUGCCAUAUCGUCAUUCAUUCUAAGCGUUCCUUUGAGUAGUGGGCUGUGGUUGGUGAAUGCGUACUCUCAUGUAAUCACCGGCAUAGUUUGCUUUUGCUUAUUCGUAUUCUAUAUUCGCGAUCUGUCGUCUGAUUCUGAUGAGGAUUGGGAAACCAACGAUACUGGUUUAGCUGAAGGAUGUUCACCUAAUGACAGAAGUUACCUCACUAUGGUCGAAAAGAAACGUUGCUUUGAUAAUCGAAUUGCUAAAAUUUCAUCAUCUUGUAAUUUUCGUCAACCGCAACCGUGGUAUUUGUUGCCUCAUGGUUUUUGGUCCAUUUGGGAGAAAGAGGACAAUGACCUGUUUAGCUGUCUUAGUGUCUUGGUAACCGUAGCUCGUUGCGUUGCGUUAACUAGGCCUAGCACUACAUCUUCAUAUGAUGAAUGCGACUCAGAAGUCAAGAAUCCGACAGUCACUAACGAUGACAUUACCACUGCUAAGCAUCACUUAUUAUCAGCUAUAACUUCUUUCACCACCAAGUGCAACAUUAUUUCUAAGAACCUUGAAGGGGAAUUUAUAGAGUCAUUACCAAAAGAAUGUCCAAUGAAGGCGCUCCAAAAAAAAAUGGAUGCCUUUUGCAAAAAGUGCAAGUGCAUCAAGUCAACAUGGGACAAACACGAUUCUGCAGACUGUGUUGAUUGUAUUUACGCAGUUAAUAGUGCAGCUUCAGCGGCGUCAAUAUUAGCGUCCUUCCAUUGUGGCUCUACUGAAUCGUCUAUCAGCACUGAAGGCGUCACUACGAAUGAUAAGGUAGCCGAAGUAACACCCACUAUGCCCACUGUGACUGUUGCUGCCUCUCCUUCUGGUUCACCUACUCCCAUUAAAAAUGUGAUGCAAUUUCCUUCACAAAAAACCCUUUCUCCAGCUAUGAAAUCGAUUGUAGAAGCGAUCAAAUGCAUGGUAGACAUCUGCGUUACUAAUGUUUCUCCAUUGACAGAGGUUAUAAACGACUCUGCAGAACUUGAUUACAACAAACCAGAGUUCUCUUUAUCCGCUGCGGGUGAUGUUCUUGACGGAUCAAUGGUCGUGGUUUUAGUCAUGCGCACCCGGUUAUGUGCUAUCGAGGAGCUCAUUUUACUACUAAAGUGUAUGGGUGGCUUGGAAAGUACGAUCUUAAAGGUGGUGUCAAAGUACUCUACUGAUUAUGUAUGCAACCCAUGCAACGUCGAUAAGUUAGAUCCGAAAGCUGUAUGUGGUUGCAGCUGUUUACUGAUGUUGUGUAAAUGCUACGCGGUACUUCACGAGAUACAGUGCAGCGCACCCACAAUCAUAUUACAAUUGAGCAUUGGCUUCGAAAGUGGAAUUAUAGGUUUGUCUACCAUAAGAUGUUUAAUACUAUUGAUAUCGUGUUACAUCCAAGUAAUGAGAUCAAGCGUUUCGUCUGACGAUGGCAACUGUUUAUGUAAAAAGGAGAAUAAGACGUGCAACUGUUGCAAAUAUUCUCAUCAGCUAUAUGAAAUUUUAUCCCGAUGGUAUCAUGACACAGUGCGAUCUAAUAAUACCGGUGACACUCUCCUAGGAGAUGCAAUAACACUCCUAUCUACUAUACUGAGAAACAGUAAAAAAUCCACUGCCAAACCUGAAGACUUAACUGCGUUAUGGACAAACGUCAAUUAUAGCUCCGAAAAGUUAGAUAUGGUAGAUCAGUUGUUGAAUCGGCCGGUGCCUAUUUCAAGGAACUUUAACGCACUAUCACAAUAUAUCGAGUCAAAUAAGAUUAACGUUCCCAACCGUUGUAUGUGGUGUUCAAAGAAACACAAGGGAGAUGAGUGCAAAUGUCUGUACAAACACAUCUAUGAAAACGGCCUUGUAGAUCGAUGUACAAUGGAGAUAGUUAAAGGGGUAAGUAAUCUUUUCGGUAUAAAGGAAAAUGAAAACUUAUCUACAUGUUUUGACAAAAUGUCUAACUGUCUAAAAGACCUGACCGAAAAGUUAGAGAAAUUAUGUCCAGCAAGCACCACCGGGAAAAUAGAAUGCAUAAAUGAUAUUUGCUCUGAACUGAAAACAUUCUUCAGAUCAUUUUCUGACGUGCAGAAGUCGAAUAAUAGGAAAGCUUUUUGCAAAGAGCAGAGCGAUAAUAAAGCGAUUCUCGGACUUCUUCUUUAUAACUGUACUAUUGGUGAAUGUCAUGGGGAGUCAACCAUGAGUACUGGCAAAUCGUGCUCGAAUCCAUGUUGCAAAUCAUUAGCGUGCAUCAUCAGCCAGAUUACUAAACAUAUUAAUGGCAGCAGUGAGGAAAGUAGUCCCAACCCUGUUCAAUGUACUAACGAAGACACUACAGGUUACAUGGGGAAAUGCAUAUACAACAAGCCUAUUUCUACUCUAAUUUCGGAAUGUAAUUGCUCAUUGUCUAUGCUCAUGAACAUGUGCUCAGAUGAGAAAGGAAAGGAAACAGAUAAUAGAAACAGCAUUAGUUCCAAACUAAAGUCGCUAUGCUGCAAAAUAACGGAUGUUAAAGAGCAAAUGUGUAGUCUAAGAGAAUGCCUUAGUUGGUUGAACUGCGAAUACAAUAAUUAUUGCAUGAAACUUUCAGAAGUCGAAGGAGUUUUAAAAGAACGUUAUUCCAAGCAGUGUGAAACCAUAUGUAAACUGCAGCACUAUAUGGAUGAAAAUGGAGAAACUUAUAACAAAGCGAUUGAAGAUAUCAAAGAUAUAGUAAAGCAGAUUAGCCAGCUUUCUGCGAAGCAUGGCGUGGCCGUCAACUAUAUUGACGGUAAUAUCGCAAAAUUAGUUAAUGCGAUUAAUCAGACAUGUGACCGCCUCAAUAAUGUGGAUAAAACACUGGCAAAGUGCCUAAGCGGCAUGGAUGCGGAGAAACGUAGCUUGUUAUUACCAAUAACACAGGAACUUGUUAAAAGGGUGGGGAAAAAAUAUACACCCAUGAUAUCGCUAAGCGACUGGCUUCGUGUGUUUGACGUGGUUUGGUUAUUAGCCGUUAUAUUUUGUUUUGUUUGGAGCUUGUACAUCAUCACGCGUGAUGAAUGGCUGCAUAUUACCAGUAGAAUGUUUUCAAUUCUGCUUGCUAUCAAGAGUGCAGUAACGCUAAACAGUUGUUUUUUUGGAAUCGCCCACUGCAAAAAGGAUCGUGAGCGUCUGACGAUGUUGAGUAUAAUAUUUGGCUUUUUUAUUGCAUUCUGCAUGUCAUAUGUUAGUCAGUGGUGGACGCAUAUUUUAUACUACCGACAACACGUAAAACCCAUCGUCGAAUGGUUUCGUGUAAUUAAUCCAUCGUAUCUGUAUGCCCAGACGACGAAGUUUUACCAAAAUCAUUCGGCUUUAUUGUCAAUUUUUUAUGGUGACGUUGGAUACAUUAAACACUUCCUUUCAUGGAAUGGCAACUGUUUUAGCUACAACCCAUUCGGAUCGCUACUUGAUAAUAAAUUAUACGUUCACAACAUCGGGUUGAAUUUCGUCGGCAUUUGUAAAUCCAAUGCUUUUAAGCGAUCUCUACGUAAUGAUGUAAUACAGAAAGCUAUUGGGGGUGAUUACUAUAGUCUAUUGGACUACAUUACUCUAGCUAGCUUGAAAGUGAAAGACCUUGGUUUCAUGUUCAGCGUUCCCAUUGGUAACAUUGAGAAGUUACCAUUUGACCUGAUAUGGACAGCAUGGAAUUUACAUGAAGUCCUUACACCAGAGCGUUGUUUGGGGUAUGGUCUUGCAGAAUCGGGAUACCUUAACGCUACUUAUAUUGACGAAUCUGGAAUGUCAGGUGAAAAGACAGAAAAUUUUUAUAUAGAACCAUGUAAUCUUAUGGGUUCUAUGGCCCUAUGCAUCCCUCGCGACACUAACAUAGUCCUUAAUAAACACAAUGCAUCGCAAUUGGUUCAUAUAUACAAGUCCUACAUUUUACAGGAACUUCUAUCCCAGCCACCCAAGGAAAAAUCGACACCGCAAGAUGAUCCGCAUGAUAUCCGGGAUACAGUGGAUCAAUGGAUAGCCAAGAGGUUAUAUACGUGUGAUACUGUUUAUGGUGGUAGUGACUUUUGUAAGUCGGCGGUUAAAAGGACUGUCGACCUCCUGGGUAAAUACCACACAACGGUUUCCGACCAAAUGAAUUCGAAUUUCCCUAAAGAUUUCAUUCGUUUCUGUGAUUCUUAUUCUAAGCACCGAAGUGUACGUUCUAUUUGGGCUGACGAAGUGCUGUACCCUGACAACGGCGAGGAAACCCGCCAUGGCAAUGCACUAACAGACGGCAAUGAUUCUAGCGUUAUGGAUUUUGAUAUUACGGAAUCUAAUUUGGAUUCCAAAGACUAUAGACCUGCAACGACAUCACGUAUACACCCUAACAGAUUCAUAUUAGGGUAUUGGCUCAAGGACUCAGGAAUUAGCUUGAGUUCACUAGAGACAGCCAACGUAUUGGCAGUAAUGGCGCGAUACAACAGACUGUAGUAAAAGAUCUUAAUUUUUCUCAUAGAGAUAUAUGCUAAUAGGUUGUGUUACCUUAGGGUACAUCAAGCUGUAAUAUUUGGAAGCGGGCAGUAUUGCAG